AGGAGACGUACUGGGACAGGUCUGUGCUGCCCGUGAUGUGUAGCAGGCUAUGCGAACAGGAGCCUUGCUGCGAUGAGAAGGGAGUUUGCUCGUGCGGGAGUAAGACUGGUCGCUACGAGUGCGUCUGUGGGCCAGGCACGCAGGGCAGCGGUUAUCGGGGAGACUGCCAUGAUUGCUCGAUCGGCACGUACAAGGACUACUAUGGACAUGGCACGUGCAAGGCCUGUCCACGUCAUUCGACCAACGUCAUCACCGGCAGUAACUCUCUCAGAGAUUGCUCCUGCGACAGAGGCUUCAAGGGUGAUCCAGGCAGCGGACAGGAUUGCACCCCGGUCACCUGCGCGCCGUUUCAAGCACCAGCUGGUGGCGUUAUGAUACCUGAACACUGCGACAAUGAAUACAGGUCAAGCUGCCAUCUGAAGUGUCUAUCUUGGCAAGGUUACGUCUCGCUCCCAGAUAUGCCAUUGGAGAGUAAUUGCGGACCUACUGGCAAAUGGGACGUACCGGAACUCUCGUGCCAUCGGGUUACGUGCCCUAGAUUAGAGGAACGCGAGCACUGCCUCCACAACUGCUCGAGCAGUGACUAUUACUACGGAACAGUGUGUAAUCUUACCUGCAACGAGGGAUCUAAGUUGAGAGGUUCGUCGCAACUCACGUGUGAGCUGAACGGUGAAUGGAGUGGAACUAAUGCUGGAUGCGAAGUCGUCACGUGUCCCCCGCUGAAAAUGAACAAGAAAUUAAAGGUGCAUCCGCACGAGUGCAGCUUGGAGAGCCGACAGAACGGCACCGUCUGUAAAUACUACUGCGUCGACGGCUUCCGGCUGCUCAAGGGCAAACACGACGGAAGCAGUAUCGACGUGCAAGACGACGGAUGGCGGGUGUGCACGCCAUCUGGCGAGUGGACGGACACGGGAGUCCCGAUAACGUGCAGUGACGUGUCGCCGCCUCGAUUCACCUACUGUCCCGACGACAUCGUCGUUCCGACCGACCACCAGAUCGCCACGGCGUUGGUCGACUGGCAGGAACCGUCGGCAGCCGACAACGACGGCGCCGCACCGAUAGUGAAGCUUAUCGAACCCGCGCUGUACUUCGAGCAGAAGAUAUUUAGCAUCGGCGAAACGCGAGUGAUCUACGUCGCCAUCGACGCGUCCGGGUUGGAAGCGAAUUGCACGUUCAGCGUCAAGGUCAUCGAUGACGACCCGCCGCUAAUCAUCUUCUGUCCGACCGACGUCGAAAUCUUCCACGACAAACGCAAAAAAGCCGUGCUGUGGGACGAGCCGCGAUUCAGAGACAACUCUGGCGCCGACGUGUAUAUCUAUAAGAGUAGAGAACCGGGCGACGUGUUCACGUGGGGUCAACCAAGCGAGGUCAUCUACACGGCAACAGACAACAGCGGUAACACGGCCGUGUGCAGCUUCAGCGUUAAGGUGAAGCCCUACUCGUGUCCGUACCACCCUCCUCCGGAAAAUGGCGCCCUCUCGUGCGACACGUGGCAGGAGGGGCAGUACUGCACCGUGCAGUGCCAGGAAGGAUUCGACUUCUCUCGUCCGUCGGAGGAGAUGUAUUACUGUCGCCAGAUGGAUGGGUACGGCGCGUGGGAACCAUUAGUGGCGCAUAAGAUCCGAGAGUUUAAGUUCCCGUGGCCCGACUGCUCAGUGAAGAGACAUCCGAAUGAGGCGGAGACGGGCCUGAAGAUGCAAUACUUCAUCGGGAACUGUCAGUCGCAAAAAUCGCAGCUAGAAAUACAGCAGAAUUAUCUCGAGACCUUGCAGCAGUGGACGCCAUUUUUGCAAGGUCUGUGCGACAACGACAUGGUCUGCAAAAUAGAACGCGUCAACGUCACGUGCAGCCGACGACAAGACGACGACAAGCCAAGAGGACCGGAACCCGACGACUAUCCCACCGGCCAGGAACUCCAGCACCCCAACCGCGACAACUUCGAAAGGAAUGCUACGGCAAUCGACGAUGCAUACCACGACGAGACGAACACAACCGAUCUCGAUUACUACGAUGCCGAAACAGAAGACAUCUUCAGCGCAUCUAGAGGAAACUUGAGCGAGAGCGGAACCGACGGCAACGUCACAUACCCGCUUGGGAGAGAACGUCGUCAGAUUCACCGCGAACCUCUGUACAAGCCCAUGCCGACAGGAGGCCCCGGGAGUCAACCUCCGUGGAAAUACGUGCCGAAGGCCGCUUUUCCCAAGCAGACAAACCCGCAGAUUAAUCCGAAGUUCUUCGAGCAGCUCGACGAGGUGAUUACGAUGGAUCUCAUCCUGACGGUAGGCAGGAAUAUCUCAUCGUGGGACGACCUCGCGGCCAACUCUGACUUCAUGGAGUUGAUCUACGCAGCGUUGCUGACAGUACAGGCUGGAUUAAACCAACACAUGGGCACGCUAGGUAUGCAGGGGGAAGUCAACUUCAUUCCAAAACUUCACGCGGUUGUAGUUACGGAGAAGCCGUAUCCGACUGGUUGCGGAGCCGGGCAGAUGCUUCACAACAACACCUGCUUUAAUUGCCCAAAAGGAACGUAUUACAAUCCCGAAUACAGGGAUUGUGUGGGAUGUCUCACUGGCACAUAUCAAGACGAAGAAGGCCAGCUAGAUUGUAAAGAAUGUCCUGAUAACAAAACAACUAUCGGAGAAGGAGGCAACGCGGUGUCGGACUGUCGAGUUAAAUGUAAACCGGGGCAUUAUUCAACGACACGCUUAGAGCCCUGCCUUGCCUGCCCUGCCGGUACCUAUCAACCCGGGCACGGAGAGAACGAAUGUACACCGUGUCCAAAUAAGCUCACAACCUUAGAAGGAGCUCAGUUGGAAAGCGAAUGCACAACACUUUGCCCCAAAGGGUAUUUUUCUGAAACGGGCAACCAGGAUUGCUACUCCUGUCCGCGUGGGUUUUAUCAGUCUAGCCUUGGUCAAAAGGGAUGCAUCAACUGCCCGGAGGGGCAAAGCACGGAGACUACAGGAUCCCGUUUUCACACGGACUGUCGAGACAUCAACGAAUGCGAAUUGCAGAAACCGUGCAAGAAUGGAGCCAGCUGCGUUGAUCUGCCCGGCAAUUACCAGUGUUCAUGUAUAACAGGGUUUACAGGGCUCCAGUGCGAAAUAAACACCGAUGAUUGCGGUCCUGACUUGUGUGAGAAUAACGGAACCUGCGUAGACGGUGUAGAUGCCUACAGCUGUGACUGUGCGCCUGGCUUCUCUGGGGAUAUCUGCGAGCGGGACAUCGACGACUGUUUCCUGAAUCCGUGCAUGAAUAAAGGAGUGUGCAACGACAUGAUCAACUCAUUCAGUUGUACGUGUCAACCAGGAUAUAGUGGCGAACGUUGCGAGAUUAAAGACUCGAAAUGCACGUCGAUACCGUGCCAAAAUAACGGAACGUGCUUUGAUACACACAACAACUUCACUUGCUGCUGCCUGGAAAACUACGUUGGCCUUUUCUGCGAGAUUUACAUUCCCUAUGACAACGCUACAUCAAAUGAAACAAUGGUAACAGAUAGCUGUGCAUCGUCGCCAUGCCAACAGGGCGGCACCUGUUACAAUUUUGAAGAAACCUUCGUCUGCAAAUGUCGAAAAGGAUAUCAUGGAGAACAAUGUGAGAUAGAAAUAUCCUACAAUUACGACAUGGUGUUUCAAACGAGACAGAUAACGAACUACGCGAUGUACGUUGGUGAGAUACCGGACCUGUACGCUCUAACGCUAGCCUUCUGGAUGAGAACCGACGACACACAGAACCAGGGCACGCCCGUAUCGUACGCGUGCGAGAGGUCCGACGGGCGGGUGGUCGACAACGCCUUGACGCUUAACGACUACAGUAACUUCAUGGUCUACAUCAACAAUAUGCCACCAAUGCACACCGACGUCAAGGCAAACAGCGAUAAUAGUUGGCACCACAUUGCCGCCACCUGGGACAGCAUCGAUGGUAAACUGAGCAUGUAUCUGGACGGUGAGCUGAGGAAGGAUUCGCAGAACGUCAGCAAAGGUGUGCCGAUAUGCGGCGGUGGCAGCUUCGUGCUCGGCCAGGAGCAAGAUUCCGUUGGCGGAACUUUCAAUCAUGCCGAGGUGUAUGUGGGAGAACUAACGCAGGUAAACCUGUGGGACUACGCGAUGGACACCGAGGAGAUAAACGUGCUGAACGGGAGUUGUGGAUUUUACGGUAACGUCAUCGCCUGGCCCGACCUAAAAGAUCUAACGUACGGCCUCGUCAACAUCCACGCCAUCUCGACGCUCUGCCACGACCUGUCCGACUGCUCACCGGACGAAUCCUGCCACUGUGCGAGCAGUGUCCAGCUGGAAUCGUGCGCGCUGGACGUAGUCAACUGCAGUCGAGAGCUGUGUCUCAACGAUCAGCCGUGCGUUACGACACCUGGCGGCGCUUACUGUAACUGCAGUGCGGGAUUCAGCGGGAAGUACUGUCAGUAUGAUAUCAAUGAGUGCAGCUUCAAUAAUGGGGACUGCAGCCACGCAUGCGUGAACACGAUCGGGUCGCACUACUGCGAGUGCGACGUCGGAUGGAAGCUCGACCUCUCGGACAAUAGAACAUGUCUCGAUGCAGCAUACUGCAGAAUUGACGAUAAAUACUUCUUGGCAGGGGAGAAGUGGAAAACAAACUGCACGACGUGCGUGUGCCGCGCCGGCCGAGUCGACUGCGAGCCUCUUGAGUGUCCUUCCCGCUGUCCGGAGUUCGACCAGCAGCUCUACCACCGGCCGGGAGACUGCUGCGCCAUCUGCAUCGCCGAGCAGAUACCGUGUCACGUGACGCGCCACAACACGUACAUCACGCUCGACUAUGUCAACUUCAACUUCGACGGCAGCUGCCGCUACGUGCUGUCGCAGGACUGCGCCGACAUGAACUUCACGAUACACGUCGAGAGCGACAUGGAGUCGUCGCAGCGCAAGACACUCUACGUCUACCUGAACUGCGUUCGCUUCGUCGUUCGCAGCGGCGCAGUGUUUCUCAACGACACGACCCAGGUGGCGCUACCGUACGUGCAUCCGUCGUUCGAGCUGGCGGCGUCGCGAGACGAAGAUGGCAUCCUGGAGAUUAAGACGCACGUCGGCGUUUCGAUUACGUGGAAGCCGGCUGGUGACAUCAUCGUCCAGAUACCUAAGAGCUAUCAGGGAAAGCUGUGCGGACUCUGUGGUUCUUUCCACAGACGUAUCGACUACUAUUUGCAGUCGGUGCCGGGGAACAAGCAGUUUGUACCGGGAAAGAUAGUCAAGGAAUUCAUUAAAAGUUGGACGGUAGAAGGAACGCGAUAUUGUCGUGUUCCCAAGUUUGUUUCUCAGAAUCCUCUUCGCGAGCUUGCCGGUGAAGAAGCGAAGGGCGCAUGCAGAGGCCAGCAUCAAUAUCAACAAAGACAAGCGCUGAAAGCAUGCAGUGUGUUCAGGGAACCAGAAUUUACGCAAUGCUACAGCAUCGUCGAUCCGAGGGAGUACUACCGCGACUGCCUGACCGACAUGUGUCUGUGCAGACCGCACGAGAAGCGCUCGUGUCAUUGCGACGCUGCUAUCGCCUACACCGAGGCUUGCCUCGAACAGGGCGUGGUCAUCAGGCAGACGGACAGACGCGGCGUUUGCACCACGCGGAGAAGGGAUAGGAUGGACCCACUAUCGAAACUCUACCGCCGAGAGAUCUGAUUAUUGAUUAUAGAUUAUAUUAAAUCAUCGAUAGCGGUGUACACGGACGCGAUGCAACUCUGCUUAAGUGACAUAUAGAUCGGCAUGCCAGCGGGGGGAUUGUAAAUUGGGUUAUUUUGGUUGCGAGUUUUGUUUGGGGGCAUAAAAAGUAAUUGUAAGAACUGAAUCAGCGAUGAAUCGAUAGAGAAUAAAACAUAGGUUGAUGAGAAUGUAUUGGGAACUGCCUAAUAUUCUAUAAAAGAGGAGUUGUAUAGAGUAUAACUCGGAGCUAUGUGGAGUUAUGUGCAUUACUUUUGAGCAUGCGAUAGAUAAACAGAUAUACGUUAAUAUUAGGCUGAUCAUUGUUCGAAUUGUGUACAUAAGAGAAAGAAAAUCACAUUUGCGAAUAGGAACGAGGUAAUUCACACAAAAAUUUUGGGGAUUGAUGCACCGGUUCAUGGUUAUGUUUGUAAUGUAUGGAUUUAUACUUCAGUAGUAAAAUUAUAAAGUUAAACAAAGUUAUAUAUGACACGCCAAAAACAGCCGCAUAAUAAUAAUUGUAGAUAAAGCAUUAGAAAAAAAGGGCUAACUAACAUUUCGUGAAAUAAUUCUUUUUGAUUUGUCCAACCUUGCCAAGUGCUUACCUGUUAAUAUAUAAGGGCAUAAUCGCGUUGAAUUUGAAAAUUUACAUAUUUGCGCAAGGAAAUAUUUAAUAAUAGACACAUUUAUUAUCGAAAGGCAUGGAUACGCUACUAAGUUAUUCAGUAUUUUCUCAAAUCCUAUGAGUAUCAUAGUACGCACCGUAUAUCGGAAUCGCCUGAGUUGUACCUCUAAAUACAAAUGUACAUAGCAGAAAUUUACUAAAUCUCUGAUUGUGGGGAUAUAUGCUGUUAUAUGGUCAUUUUAUAUGUGCACAGUCAGGCUACUUUUGCCCUUAAACUGAUAACAUCACAUGGCUAUGUUAUCCUAUAAGAUGGUGAUAUCCUAUGAUAUGCAGCCCUGCAUGGUCACGCGAUUGACGCGAACCAACACUGUUAAUUGCUUAGUCGCUGCAAAACAUUCUUGAUAAUUGUACGUUUCAAUAACUAAAUGUUUUGAUCUGAUUUAAUUAGCUAGGAAACAGCAAACUACUUACUGAGCUACAAAUGCACACCAAAAGAGGGAUUGCAGGUGAACACAGAGGCGUGUAUGUGAAAGUUCCCACGAUUACAUCGAAUAAUACGCAGAAACACACUCGAACUGCGCGUAGAUGACUGCUUCUCUAGCGAAAUUUCAUCUUCUCUAUUAUUCUAUCCGGAAACUCACAAUGCAACCGUACAUAUGCCCAGGCUAUCUAUCGCUAAUAAAUGCAGAUUACCACAAAUCAGAAAGGUGAAAUGACUUGAACUAAUCGUAUUAAUAAAAUUUAUAAUGACUACAAUA